CCUAAUGUAUUAGGCUGCGUUGAUGGCACCUACAUCAAAAUAAAAGCACCUUCCAUCAAUGAGCCAGAAUCAUUUCGUAUACUUGCAUCAGAUGAUUUGAUCAUUCUCAAGAUCCUGAAUUGUGUUGCCAAAUGGCCUGGGAGCGUUCAUGACAGCCAACUAUUCAGGGAUAGCCUAGUAUCUGAAGCAUUUGAAAAUGGACAACAUGAUGAUAUACUUCUGGGAGAUACAAACCAUAUAUAAUGACACCCUAUCCCAAGUACUCCAUCACAAGUGAAAUUCAACACCAGGGUUAAAAUUGAACAAACAUUUGGUUUUCUUAAGAAAAGGUCUGCAUGUCUUCAUAGCGGUUUGAGAACUAACCCAGAGAAAGCAUGUGAUAUCAUACUGGCCUGUGCAGUGUUGCACAACAUUGGCAUUGACCGAAAUGACAUUUUGGACAUAGAUGAUGCCUAUGACAAUCAGGGUGAUGCAAAUCGUAAUGUUGGGGACCAUUGGGGUGGAAAGGAAGUGAGAGAUUACAUACGUCAGUAAUUUUUGUUGUUGAAGUAUGCAAUAUCCAAAAUAUCAUACCAAUAUGCUGUGGUAGAGUUUACAAGGCAUAACUAUGUGUGUUAUUCAAAUAACUGACACCAACAAUUUGAACAUUUCAAGUACAGAUAUCACCCAUUCAAAAUGAAUUAGUGUGAUCACAUAUCUAAUUAUGUAAUGUCACAUAUCACAUACAAUGAUACUAGUAUCCCUUAAUACUAAAUUAGACAGUUUUUUAAAUUUGAAAUAAAAAUCGGCCUGAGAAUACCGCCUCCAACUGAAGGCGGCGAAUUUCCAGUUUACGCAAUGGCGCCGGUUCUGACGUUUUCCUGGCACGGUAAAUAUCAAAAUCAUAAAAAGGCCAGGAACACGUCAGAUAUUUCGGACUAAUAUACUGUGUUCUGCCUUGUUCAGGUCGGACAGUAUUGAGGUCACGUGUCUGAAACAUCAGCUCACUCUAUGAAACCAUAGACGUAAAAGAAAUACUGCUUGAUGUCUAUAAGGGAGAUGAAACAGAUGAGAGGAGGAGGGAAUUAUUUAUACAACUAUGUUAAUAGCCUAUCAUGGUAUCAGAUUUCGUCCCAUAGUUGAGUUGAACUUCUAUAAGAGAGUACAUGGCAAACCCUGGUUUAACGGAGAGCUUAAAAGUAAAUAUAACACAUAUCGUGCAGCCUGAAACCAGUUCAAUCAUUACAAAAACAAAGAAAAUCACUUGAAUUUAAUUGAAGCAAAAAAGAAUUAUAAACAUUUAGAAACUAAACUCAGGCGUCAGUAUUUACGAAAGGGGGUGAUUUACUUGAACAUCUCCGUAAACAAAACCCAGAAGUAUUCUACAAACAUUUUCGAAAAAGAAAGCCAAAAAAUACUCCGAUAGACUUAGAAUCGUUCCACACUCAUUUCAAAGAUUUAGCUACAUUUGUUCCCACAGAAGAUUAUUCUAAUGUGGAAGACACAGGACCUACAGUUUUUAAUGAACUAGAUAUGGAAAUUACCGAGAAAGAAAUAUCCGAAGCUAUCGAUCAAUUAAAACGGGGGAAAUCUCAUGGUCUGGACUAUAUUUUGAAUGAGUAUUUCAUGGAAUUUAGAGAAUUUUUUGUACCAUAUUAUUUUUAAUCGUAUCUUAUCAUCAGGAUUUUUUCCAACACAAUGGUCUGACGCUGUUAUUGUGCCUGUUUUCAAAAAAGGUGACCCUUCUGAUCCAGAUAAUUACAGAGGAAUAAGUCUUGUUAGUUGUUUCUGCAAAUUGUUUACUUCCAUACUAAACAGAAGACUCGUCUCAUGGGCAGCCUCGUAUGAUAUUAUUUCAGAUGCACAAUUUGGUUUUCAACCCAAGCUAGGUACUACGGAGGCAAUUUUUGCGCUUCAUUGUCUUAUAACACAAUCACUCCAAUCCAAAAAAAAAAAAAAAACCUGAUUAUAUUGUUGCUUCGUGGAUUAUAAGAAAAACAGUUAACAGGGACAAAUUGUAUAGAAAAUUAAAACACUACGGUAUACAAGGGAAGCUGCUUACUAUUGUUCGCUCCAUGUAUAGUAGGAUUAGAACCUGUGUAAAAUCCUCUGGUCACAUUUCACAAUUUUUUAAAAAUCACAUUGGUCUAUUACAAGGAGAAGUGUUGUAUCCCGUUUUUUGUAUUGUAUGUGAAUGACCUUGAAAUUGAAUUUAUCAAAAAAGGUAAUCAUCCGACUGAUUUACAGUUAUUAAGUCUUUAUAUUUUGAUGUAUGCUGAUGACAUGGUGUUGCUUGCAGAAUCGGUUAUUGAACUACAAAAUACCCUGCAAAGUUAUACAGAUGAAUGGGAUUUAGUUGUUAAUGUAGCAAAAACUAAAAUUGUUGUAUUUAGAAAUGGUGGGAAGAUUCGCACAGAUGAGAAAUGGGUGUAUAAAGAUGAAAGUAUAGAAGUAUUAUGCCUCGUUCACACGAAGAAUUUAAUUCGCAUUAAACAUAAGUUAAUGCGAAUUAAAUCUGAACCGCGUUCACACGGAGAUUUUAAUGCGCAUUAGUUUACUUCGAAUUAAAAUUGACGUCGCGAUUUAAUGCGAAUUAAAUUUACUUCGCAUUAGCUCCGUGCAUGUGAACGCUAAGCGAAGCUAAUUCGAAUUAAAUGUAGACGCAUGCGUAAUGGCCAAUUUGGGUCACAUGCAUCAUACCCAUGGUCAGCUAUAUAUAUUAAUGUUAGUUUUGUACGAAAAACUAAGCAAAAUGAUAAUAAUCACUAAAAACAUGUACAAACAGCAUGUCAUUAGAUAAUGUCAGACGUAAAUAUGUGCUCUGCAUAGGCAUACUGAGUAAUACAUGUGGAAGGAAUUGUUUUUAAAUAUGACAACAAUGUUUUAAAAUAGUGAUAAUAUGAUUUUCUUUUUUACAUUUUUUAAAACAAAUAUGUCGCUCAUUGUUGAUUUUUAUAGCAUAUGACGUCAUAGUAGACUUAUAAUACGUAUUAGUAAUUAAAAUUACGUCACAACAAUAGUCAGCGGAAUGGUGAAAAAGACGUUCCGAAGUUUUAAAAUUGGGCCCAUGAAGAAACAAUAUAUUGUCUUGAUUGAAUGCUGGUUGUCAGAGGAAAUAACAAGUAAUUUCUUGGGAACAUAUAAAUAAACACGACAAAAAACUCUUUAUGUGUAGAUCAGUUAUGUAUGUAUAUUGUAAACAUGUAGUAUACUACAUAUAGCCCUAUAUAAUGUUUUGAACAAAGAAUUCUGUAUCUACACAAUAUUCAGUAAAAUAUCUAUAAAAAUAAUUUUCAAUAACAUAGUCUAUUCUAUUAUUUCGCGCACCCUUUAAUAGAGAUGCAUACGAAUUUAAUGCGCAUUAGUUUACUUCGCAUUAAACAUUACCGCCGUGUGAACGCUAUUUAAUUCGAAUUAAUCUAAUGCGCAUUAUUUUACUUCGCAUCAAAUUUGAUUCGAAGUAAAAAUUUAAUGCUCAUCCGUGUGAACGAGGCAUUAGAUCAAUUUGUUUACUUGGGCGUUUUAUUUAAUUUUAAUGGUAAAUUUUUUUGUAACGCAGAAACAGUUAGCAUCACAAGGUUGCAAAACAUUAUUUGCCCUUAAAUCAACCAUAAAACAAUUGUAUUUAAAUCAUUGUGCCUUAUUCUCCCUUUUCGAUACCUAUGUCUGUAGUAUUUUGAAUUACGGAUGUGCAGUGUGGGGAUUACAUAAAGGACCUGACAUUGAAAAGGUUCACCUGGAUUUUUUAAAAUUUGCACUUGGUGUUCGUAAAAACACUAAUACAACCACGGUAUAUUUUGAAACAGGGCGUUUACCAUCUUGUUCGUAUUUUGAGAAUGUUCAAGUUUUGGUUUAAACUAUUGCAGUCUGAAAAUUGUAUACUUAAUGCUGCAUAUGAAUGUUUAUACAAUAUCUGUGAAAAUACAAAGCACACAAGUCGUAACUGGGCUACUUUUAUCAAGGAACAACUUGAUUGUUUGGGACUUAGUUAUAUGUGGCAUGAUCAACAUAACUUAAAUAGCCAUGUUUGUUUGCCAAUAAUUCAACAAAGAUUGAAGGAUCAUUUUAUUCAAAAUUUACAUAGCAACAUGCAGUAUGAAUCAAAAUGCACUAUUUACAAACAUUUGGUUGAUAAUUUUUGCUUGCAAUAUUACCUAGAAAAAUCUAUUCCUAAAUUGUAUAAAAAGGGUAUCUCCAAAAUAAGGUUAUCAUCACAUAAUUUAUCCAUAGAAACUGGCAGACAUAAAAAUGUACCACGUGAAAAAAGGUUUUGUAAAACAUGUAUCACUGAAAUUGAGGAUGAAUACCACUGUUUGUUAGUCUGUCCUGUAUAUUGUCAGAUCAGAGCUAAAUUAGUGAAAAAGUAUUACUGGAGUAAACCCCCCAUGCUCAAAUUUAUACAACUGUUAAGUGUGAACAAUGUUAAAGAACUUUGUAACUUAGGAAAAUUUAUUUGUAAAGCUCUUGAACUAAGAGCAGUCUAUAAUAUGUAAUUUGUAACGUCAUUCUCCUUUUUUUUUUACUAUCAUUAUACUGUUGUAUUUACAUCUGCUAGAUGUCUUUGUAAGAAUUGGCCGAUUAUUUUCAGCUUUGUAAUUAUUAAACAUGUUCAAUUUUGUUAUAAUGCUAUAAUAUGUAUGUCUUUCGCAAUAAAGAAUUAUUAUUAGUGUGUGUAUCAUGCGUCCUUUAAAGUCCAUUAAUUGUCACGGUGGGUGUUGGCACGAUAAAGAACCCGUACUGCUACGACCCUGAGUGUCAUGUAUCCACAUGUAGGUUAACAAUUUGUGGCAAUGUGGCGUCUCUAAAUGGAUGACAUACAAACAAAACAUUAUGAUGUUUCCCAGAUUGUUUUUUAUUUCUUUUUGAUUUUUCACAGUGGAAUUUUGAACUUAUACUAGUAAUUGAAGCUGCCCUUUCUUCCUCAGUCCCGAGGACUGUAAUGGUGUAAUACCUUUUUAAUCGUGAAAAUGAUUUUAAAUGAUAUUCAACAACGUAUCAAUCCUGAACCGGUUUAUUUAUCCAGUUAAUUAAGUGAUAAUCGGUUUAAGCAUUUUAAAAAAAAUGUUAAAACUUAAAGAAUACUAAUAAUAGGGGGAAAAUACACAGAAUAGAUAGUAAACGCCCAUUAAUAGGAGGAAUACACAGAAUAGAUACUAAACGUCCAAUAAUAGAGGGGGUACACAGAAUAGAUACUAAACGUCCAUUAAUAGGGGGAAAUACACAGAAGAGAUACUAAACGUCCAUUAAUAGGGGGAAAUACACAGAAUAGAUACUAAACGUCCCGUGUGUGUGUGUUCUAAAUUUUGCUUCCACCAGGUAGAAAAUGUUAGAUAUAUAUGAAUAAAAACAAAAUAAUAGUAAAUAAGAUAGGUAAUAACAAUAACGAAAAAUCGCAUGCACAAAAAUUUGUUAGACAAUAGAGGAACGGUAACGUCUUCCAUUGGAAACGGAAGACCUUAAUGAAAAUAAAACCACAAGAGUUUAACUUAUGUUAUAAAAUGUUAGUCACGAUAAUUAGCUUGGUUACAUGGAAAAUGUGAUCCGACUUUGACAACAGAUUUGACACUUUGAUAUUGUCUACAAAACGUUAUAAUAAUAUUGACCCAUCUACAACAUAAUCAGUCUUGGAUUUCUCGGGAAAAUAAUUUCCAAAUUAUAAGUUUUCUGUUAUUUAAGCAUUCAAAAUGUGAUUAGAUUCUCAUACUUCAGUCUUAUGUUUAACUAUUCAGAGAUAGACGUUCUAAAACAUUAUAGUAAUUGUACUUUUAGUUUCACUUUCUCUCCUUUGUACUUUUAUUAUAUAUAUAUAAGGUAGGUUGUUGUUUUUCUGGUUUUGUAAAAAAAACAAAAAAAAAAAACAAAAACAAAAAAAAAAACAACAAAAAAACAACAACAAAAAAAAAACAAAAAAAAAAAAAACAAACAUAAAAAGAUAUCGAAACCGAUAAUAAAAAAAUAAUGAAAUAAACUAAAUUCGUAUUUUAAAUAAAUUCAUUCCGUUAACUUACGUUCUAAAUUUUUAAAUUUUAAUAUACAUGUAGUAUUUAUAUAUAUCUUAUAAUUAUAUGUAAUUGUGCACCAUGCAUGUAAUUCAUCAAUAUAUUUCACAAAACAAUUCCGGGGAGGGGUUGGGGAUUAUGAAUAACUGACUCAAUUCAAAGAAAACAACCAUUGCCUUCCUUUCUGUUUUGUUUUCGUAAUCAUCAGAAUAGCACAGCCAAUAAAAAGUUAAUUUAUUUAUAUACCUUAGACACCCGUUGGCGCUUGCUAUAUAAUUAGCCAACUCUACAGGUACAUGUACAUGUGUGUAGCCUUAUCUACAGGAACACAGGGGACUGAACAUGGAUAAAGAAUUUGACAGAAGCACCUUGCACCGUUUGCAGAAGAAUUCUAUCAGCGCCUUCAUGGAGUACGGUCAAAAAAUCGGAAGAAAACCGGAAUUGACAUGUCAACCUAGAGGAGCGAGGUUUAUGGCCUCCGCCUGCUUAGACGACGAAGAGAUCUGCCAAGCUGAAGCACCGAACAAGAAGGACGCCAGAACCAGGGUGGCAGACAUGGCAUUAAGACAGCUGUCACAAAGCCCGGAUGUUAAUCAGGCACAUGAAACAUCCACACAAAGAGAGUUUGCUGUUCCGGACAAGGACCCAGUCAGUGCUUUAUUGGAGUAUGCACAGUCCAAUAAACAAACUUCACAGAUCAAAGUGGAUGCUCAAACAGGACCAGCGCAUUGUCCACUGUUUCGUAUGUAUGCUAUGGUUGGUGAUCGCAAGUUUCGAAUGGUCGAACACGGAAAUAAGAAAGAGGGGAAAAAAUUAGCAGCAAAUGAAGCCUUACUGCAACUGCAGCGCGAAGGGAAAAUCCCAAAACCGAGAACAGUGAUUUCAUGUCUUGGAGGGGCAAGCAACAGGCGGAGGAAAGACAACUUCCAAGACAUCUGUCCGCCCGGGAAAAAUCCGCUUCAAGUGUUUAAUGAAUACGCUCAGUCUCAACAGGUGACAUGUGACGUUAUUGAAACGUCACCACGGAAAGGUCCACCCCAUGAUUUAACUUUUUACAUGGCGGCUUGUUUGAAUGACGAGAAGUUUCCAACCGUAACUGGAAAAAGUAUGACCGAGGCAAAAAACCGAGCUACUGCGAAAGCGUUGCGGAAACUUCAAAAUGAGGGAAGAUAUGAAUUAGCAACACAGAGAUCCGGAGUUGGAUUACCACAAACGAUCAAGACCUGGGAUGACAAAGUGGCUGCGGAGACUCUCAAAAAAUUCGAUUCAGUCGUAUCAACCGUGAAAGAGGACAUAUCGGGACCAAAGGUCUUGGCUUCCAUCUUGCUUUAUAACAAGAGAACGGAAACGCUGUCUGCUGUUAGCAUAGGAACAGGGAACCGUUGUAUCACUGGAAAUAACCUGUGUGUUGAGGGAACGGUCAUUAAUGAUUCUCACGCUGAAAUCAUAGCAAAACGAGGCUUUAGAAGAUUCCUGUACAGAGAAAUCCGUCGGUCACAUUCCACAGAGGGAAGCGAAAUACUACAUCGCGGAAAAAACGGAAAACUAAAACUUUCAUCACACUUAUCCCUCCAUCUCUUUAUAUCCACGGCACCAUGUGGAGACGGAGCUGUGUUCACACGUGCAUGCCCAGGCAAUGAUGAUUCAACACAUCAACCGAUAUUCGAGAACCAGCAACAUGGACAUCUGAGAACCAAAGUAGAAAACGGGGAGGGAGCGAUACCCGUGGAUGACACCUCGAUGCAGACUCUGGACGGGAUUCGCCGCGGAAGUCAGCGCCUGCGCACUAUGUCCUGUAGUGACAAGAUCUGUCGUUGGAAUGCCGUGGGAGUUCAGGGGGCGCUACUGUCGAUGUUUGUGAAACCAAUGUACCUGUCUUCUAUCACCUUAGGUUUCCUUUUCAGUGACGGCCACAUGUCUCGAGCGAUGUGCUGCAGAGUGAGGCGCAAAGACGAAAAUCUCACAAAGCUACCCAGGGGAUAUAAAAUCCAGCACCCACAGUUGGGCUCUGUAACAGACGUAAAUGAUGUCCGCAUUGUGGUUAAAUCUCGCGCUCUCAGCAUCAACUGGAACUCAGCAGACGACACAGUGGAACUAACGGACGGAACUCAUGGACAGACAAUUGGAAAUACGCCAUCUCGACUCUGCAAAAGGGAACUCUUCCAAUCAUUCUCUCAGACGUACCAAAGGAAUACAGAGAGGACGUACAGAGAAAUGAAAGCCCGGGCUCAGGACUACCAAACAGCCAAACAUGUUUUCCAGUGUGCCCUGUCCGGGAACUCCCACGGUCAGUGGGUCACAAAGCCACCGGAAGUCGAUAUGUUCUGUUUACAAAGUACACAAUCUGCACGGAUCCGACAGACCACAAGAUACAACACUGGAAGAAACCAAACGCUAUAUGACAGACGGGCCUCCAAUCAUUGACACACGCAUUAUUCAGAGUGAGAGAAGCGGUCGACGCUAUAUAUGCACACGACAGCCAUACGCAUUGUCGUAUUACCAGAUACCUUCUUAAAGUAACAUACAUGUAGACUAAAUAACACUGAUGAACAGAACGCAGGCAUGCAGAUUCAUGCAAAUAUAUUUACAUUUCUAACUUUUUGUUGUUGUUGUGAUAACCCUUUAAAGGGCCAUUGCGUCAAUUUCCCAAUAUACACAAAUGGAUGUUUACAAAUUUCUCACUUGUAUACAAAUCAAUGACGAUAUUGCGGGAGCAUUGGAAAUUAACAUGGAAUGCCACGUGUAUUGCAAUUUCUAAUUGGCAGUAUUUUUGAUAUUCUGAAACUAUACUUUGAUAUUUAUUUCAAAUAGAUAUAUAAUGUAUUCGCCAGUACGUAAAUAAUGUAUUCGCUAGUACGUAAAUCAUCAGGUUUGCCAUUGUAGUUAAUCACCUCCCACACCCAACAAACUAGACAGUGAUUCCUUCCUGUUUAGUUAAUCACAUCACACACCCAACAAACUAGACAGUGAUUCCUUCCAUUGUAGUUAAUCAUCUCCCACACCCAACAACAAAUUCUUAAUUAAUUGAAAUGCAUACAGGUAAAUGUAGAGGGUGUCUUGCAUCCUUCAUUGUGAACUGUCACCAAUAUUUACGCUCGUUUGUUUUACUGUUUAUAUGUCCAUGUAUAUAGGAAUUGUUAGAAAACAAAAUACAUGUAAAUACCUAAAACGUUUCUUUGUAUAUGCUGCAUUAUAUUUAACGAUUGUUUCAUGAAUUCUUCAAGUAAUAAGUAGUUUGUUGUUUAUUAGAUAAAGUAUGUAUAAGAAUCAAAUUAUCAACGAACAGAUGGACAAACAAAAAUAAUUAUUUUAAAAGUGUAACAUCAUAAUAUAUGAAUAUCAUAUUACUUAUGAUGAGAACAUUUUAUAGAAAUGCUUGGCGUGGAAUAUCUUUAACAGAUUGUUCAAUAUUAACAAUAGAUGAUAUGAAUAAGAAAUGAACAAAUAAAACAUUUUCCAUACU